GGUCGCUCGCUCGCUCCGGGCUUUCGGUGAGCGCUCUCUCGCCGCUCGUGGUGUUGGUGGUGGUGGUAGCGGGAGAAACGCCUCGCACGCGCAGCCAAGCGACAACCGUCAAUGGCAGACGCCUUCCGAGCAGCCGCCGACACCACAACCGCCGGACCCAGCGGAGCACUCCUUGCCGGUCGCUGGUCUGUCACAUCACCGUGCCGACAUGAAGGUAAUUGGCGCCUUCUCCAGAAAUCCCCCUGAAACGACGGACCAACGCUGUCUUUCCCAGGCGGAGACGCCUUCGCUGCCGCGGCCGUGGCUGCGUGAGUCCGCAUGGCCGGCCUGAUGACGUCAGCCGGCGAGGACGCGAUGACGUCGUCAGACGGCAACGUCAGCAGCACCAGCAGCGGUGGCGGCAACAGCGGCAGCGCCGCAGGCAACAACGAGACGCCCUGGGCUGACCUCUGGUGGAAGGAGCGGGUGCAGGUGGCGUCUCCGGACUGGGCCGAGCUGCGACAGCGCGUGCAGUGGCUGUGGCCCGUGCACGCGUACGGCCUGGCCUGCCUCUUCCUCGGGCUGGCCGUCACCGCCUUCCUGACGGCGCUCGGCCUGCGGGCCAGGCUGUCGGCGAGGCCGCACCUCUCCACCCUCAACGUCUUCCUGAUGGUGCUCGGCCUGACGCGCUGCUUGUGCCUGUUCCUCGACCCGUACGGUUCCAGGCAGCUGAUGCCUAGCGUGAUGUUGGCCAUGCUGUGGGACCUGGCCUUCCCGUGCCUGCUGUCGGCCUUCUCGCUGCUCCAGCUGGCCUUCGUGCAGCUCACGCAGGCCAAGCCCAGUCCCGCACGCGUCGGUGACGAGACGUGCGUCUCGCUCGUCGUCGUCUUUCACUUCUGCCUCGCCAUCGCCUCGGACCUCUUCUGGGCCAUGCAGAACUCGUUCAGGGUGGUGUGGCUGUUCACACAGCUCUCCUUCACUGCCUGGGGCCUGUUCCUGUGUUCUUCGUGCGUCUGCUCCUGCCUGCGGCUGCAGCAGUCCAUCUCCCAGCUGCCCAUGCUGCUGUUCCUGCCUCCGCAAGGGCCCGCAGACGCGGCCACCGACGUCGCGGCCUCUUCCGCCUGCUACGACAACAAGGGCAUCAUGGCGCUGGGAACGCUCGAAAGGUCCGGCAGCGGCGCGGCCGGUCGCUCCAUGCCCCGCAGCUACACGGCCAGCGGCGUGCCCAUGCGCGGGGCGUGGGAGGAGGCGCUGGCGCCCAGGAUCCGGGUCACGGACGAGCACCAACGCACCGUCAGCCUGAGCAGCGCCCAGGGCACCGGGGGAAGACCCUCGUCGCCUUCCAACGGGCGCAGGACCGCCAGUUCUUCGUCGUCGACAGAAGGUCCGGAACCAGACCCGGAGCCGGAACCCGACGCGGGACCUGAUUUACCGAAGAGCUCCGGUGGCCUACGCUCGCAAACUUCGCUGCCUCUCUGCCCGUCGCAGCUCACUCGCGAACAGCAGCAGCCGCUCAUGUCCAAGCUCGAUGUGGAGUUCGGAGUCACCGAACAGCAGCCCUCCUCAGCCGUUCAACGGGACCAGAAGCGGAGGCAGACCCUUCCGAGAACGAGCCAUUCGGCUCGGUCCUGGACCCGUUCCCGAGAAACCGCCGGUUCUCUGCUGCUGACGACGGCGUACGGCAGGGGCCAGCCUCAGCCGCAGAAGAAGCGCAGCCGCGUGGAGCGGCUGCUGCGCCAGACGCUGCUGGCCGCCGUGCUGGGCAUCGUGCUGUGCUGCCUGCAGGGAUACGGCGUGGCCGGGCCGCACGGCAUGUUCGCCGCCACGCCCAGGGCCGCCGCGGUGCUACCCUGGUUCGCCUACCACACGCUGCACAGGUGCCUGGAGCUCGCCAUGGCCUGCACCAUGGCCAGCGUGACGAGGAAGUCGCUCUACAGCAACUGCUACCGGUCACACAGCUGCAACGAAAAGUACCGGGGCUCCCUCUUCUCUUGAGCGCUCGGACGACCCGGUCACUUUUUGUCUUCGCCAAAAAAACCCUGAGCACGGGAGGCGUGUCGACGGCUUUUGGCAAGACGCUGCCAGCAACACCCCGUGCACUGCUGCGACGCCAUACUGCAGCACGCGCUGCCAAAGCGACGCCACCCGUCAACGGCACGCACGUCAGUAGCCCGUCCGGAGCGCACGAGCACGCGCGCUCGCCUGCAGUGCUAAUACUCAUCGGUGCCAUCUUACAUCUUCUCUGCCAGGGCAAAGGACGCAUUUGUGCCAUCGUCCUACGUACAGACACUGGUUAAGACACGCCCGCGGGCGUCCUGUCGGCCCGCGUCGGCCGCCAUCUUAAGAUUCGCGUGUACGCGUGUGUGGUUGGUUCGCGCUGGCCGCCAUUUUGAGGUUUGUGUGUGCGCGUGUGUGAUUGGUCCGCGCUGGCCGCCGUAUAGUUAUUGUUCGUGCCCACGCGCGCGCGCGUGUGUGUGUGUCGUGUGUGUGUCGAGCGUUAAAGAUAUGAAAACGCACCAACCCCCUUCGUAUCGGUCGCAGGCUGCGUCGGAGACAGUUGCUUCGCUUUCUGCUUGGGGAAGUGCAGCAUUGCUUGUUCACGUCUGGCAUUGUCAGCUUCGUGGCGGCGUGUUGUGACGUAAUGGGAGCGGCGCUGCAACACGGCGACCUGCAUUCACAGGGCCGUCCGUGCCGGUAACACCUAUAGGGGUUCGCUUAUUUGACGUUACUGACACGGCUGGCCUGUCACGACGGCCAAAAAAGAAAAGAACGUAGUCCCAGGUUCGACGAAACGAAGGAUUGUCCGGCGACGUGGAAAAGAAACCACUUUAGCACAACUUAGCGAAGCUUUCCCCUCGCCCCCAUGAGCAGCCCCACGAUCUCGCCCGUUCCUUCGGAUUAUAUUCGGUAACAAUCAGUUCCAGCUCGAAUGAAACGGAAAGCAGGCGUUACUGCAACUACACGUGGGAAAUCUUAAUAUAAAUGGUUUGCGUUCAUACUUAACGACUAACGUAUCGCGCGAUGUACAUCCAGAAGGGUGGAAAGGGCGUACGUCUUGUGUUCUUGACGUCAACCAAGGCACCCGCCAUCCAACAGCAGCUCUCACUUAACGAAGUUGUUCGAGCAAGGCCGAAGGGUGCGGACAUUUGCAGCGCUAUAAUAAGUGGUCGUGCAUUAUAUUUUACCGCACCGCUUGUUGUUUGCUGUCUGAAUAGGACGACCAUAGACGACAGACAGGCGCCACGGCUAAGUGGCGCGCUCGAUUAAGGUCAGCGGUAACGAAAGCGUUGGUCAGGCAGCCGGUUACUGGCACGAAGCAGUGGCUUUGUAACGGGAUGUUUUAAAGGUACAUCUAACUAGAAACACAAAAUUGGUUUCGUAUUGAUAGAGUACAAUAUACUUCCAAUACUUGAUUCGAAUUUCCUUGUCGAUUAUUGACUCCCAAACAACGAAGGCCAAGCUUCGCUUUUUUUAAUUUCGCGCCGAAGCCGUCGCGCCCGUGACGUCUGUGUGACGUCAUGUUCGCGUAUUUGCGCAGUUCUAGCGCAGGAAAAGUUGUCUGCAUCUCCCCGAGCUUUUGAAACGAUGCCAAUCGAGCCGAUGCUGCCCUAAUCCAUGACGUCACAGGAAGCUGGUGCUGGUUUUUCAUAGAGGCGUCGCCACCCUUCUGUUUUGCUUUUGCGUCCCUUGCUUUGCAGUGUCUUUCCUUGCACAGUAAAAACGGGCUACUUGAUAUUCCUGACGCGUGCUCUAGCAACAUUUCGUAAUGUCUCUCUUCUGCAUCCUUUUAAGCCUCGUGUGCGCUAGUUAUAAAGCACGGGACAAUAUAUUUUGGCCAGAGAUUUGUUUGUGCAUGACACAAGGAGAAAUGAGCUUUCUUGAGCGUCGUUGCGCAGCAAGUCAUAUCACCUAACUAGCUUCCUCUAGGCGUCAAAAUCGGCUCACCGCGUAAGUCUACCGCGGAAAUCGUGAUAAAACGGUAACUGGCGGGUCGACCACGUUGGCGCAUAUUGACUUUCCAGGUUCUGCAUAAUCGCAACUCGGGCCUCGUCCUCUUCAUCUUCUUCUGCUUCACUAUUAUCUUUCCAGCGGCCGUGGUCUACAACAUAGGGCCAUCGGUUUUUGACUAGUUAACCUAAGUCUCCCUCGCUAAGCACGGUAACGCCAGCGUGGUUGAUGUCCCGAUUGAUAUUAUGUUGGAGAGUGGGCAGAGAGAGAGAGAGGGGUGGCAUAGAGGAGCACGGUGGCCGUGCCUCUAGCAGCGAUUUCCCGUCAUCAGGCGCGUUAAUACCAUGACCCUCCGAGAUACACGCUAUGCGUCGAUAGUGUCGGAGGACAUUCGUUACCGCAUAGCCUUUCCCGCCAGGCACAAGCUAUAGUGUCCCUGUAUACAGAAACAACAGCACAAAUCAACCCGAUAUACGCUCGGCACAAGCUCCACCCGCAGACGCUCAGUGCAAAAAAAAAAAAGUGCGGUGCCAAUUCUGCUCACUGUCCAUUUGGCGAGAGCGUGACCAGAAGAGAACUGUAACGUUGCGGCAAGAGAACGUGUGUGUGGAUGUCUCGAUAGAUAUAACGUGGCGAGUGGAAGUUGCGCAGUUGUGUCGUACGAAAAGUGUGCCCUGCUGCACAUAACGAUCAUUUAAGCAUUGCAUAUGUGCACGUGUGCAUGCCUGUCAAAAAAACAAAGCUGUGUAUUAGCGCGAGCAUAAAUUAUUCUCCGAAACGAAGCAGACGAGACCCACGGGACAGCAUCGCGUUUGCGCCACUUCACAGGCUGUAAUACGGCACGACACUAUGUCCUAUUAUGCGCCGCGUCUCUUUUAACAUUCCUCUCAAGGACUGUUCCGUUUGUGUUGUGGAAUCAUGGUUUGAUUCCUCUCGAGGAAAGAAGCGAAUGGGAGCAAACGUAAACGCCCUUUAUAUGAGACGAGUCUCCCUUCACGGGGAAAAUUAUACGUCUAUUCGCUGCAAUUGAGACCCGGAUGUGGUAAAAAGAUAUUGUUCAUUUUAACGAAAUGCGUCUAAAAAAUUGCUCUCGUAAUCACCAUACUAAUUUUAUGCGCUGCGUUACGCGAGCGAUGGAUGCCUGAGCAACGCAUGCUCGGCACAGACAAAACAAGCGUAGGGAAAAAGCAGACGCGGCAGCAAUCACGUAAAGUGCAGCACGCACCACAACACGAAGCGGUCCCAACGUGUCUACGAUUCUGAUGUGUAUAUACAGUAUAUAUUUAUAGACAGUUGCACGUGAAACGUCCAAGAUCUAAAGAAGAAACGCGUCCAAAUAUACAUCUAUUCGUUUUUUUUUAUUUCUGCAGUUUGCCUGUGCAGUAAUUACUUGCGCGCAUAUAUGUUGUUGCAUGCGUAUUCUACGAAUAACGGCUGCGAUAGUCGAGCAUAUAUUUUACGAAGCUGUGCUAUUUGCGCUCGAGUUACGUAAAGCUAUAGUUGUUCAUAUUUUGGGAGCGUGCAGUUGUGAAGGUUCAGGCUUUCAGCGCCGUGCAUAUGAAGAAUGCCCUAUGUAGGACUUAAAAAAAAGGAGGACCAAGGCAUGCGCAGAGUGGUUGAUAUAUAAUGAAGAUCGAGAGUCGACGAAGUAACGCAUCGAAUGAAGUUCCCGAUUAGGUGUAGCGAAUUCCAGCGGAUUAAACUAAUUUUGGCGAUAUUCAGCACAGAGCGACCAGCCAACGCCCUCCGCGCCCGAGAGGUGGCGCUCGCCGCGCAAGCGCUGCUGGCGAGUAGACAGGGAUCGAGCAAUGGGACCGCUGCGGACGAAAUAAGCGAGCACAGGCGGUGCACUCGAGUAAGCUCGAACUUGUAGUCGACGUGGGGGACAAAACACCGGCCUUAACGGCCGGACGUGGAGCGAGCAGAGCAACAAAAGAACGCGGUCAGCUUCCGUAACUUGACAACGCUGCGGCGUCGUUGGCAUAACAUGAGUACUUAACCGGUUGACCACGUUGUCACUCAGGCUGCGCCAUUGAACGCCAGAGACGCAGAAAAGUACCUGCAUAUCGUUCGGAACCCAUCGUGCGGAGCGCUCCAUUUGCGUACCGAGGUGAAAUGCGUUAAACUUACGGGCCCAAGUAAGGCCGAUUUCACGGGCACUUAUUGGAAUAUAGCUCUGCUUUACAGCCUGCUCGAGCAGUUGACGAGGUCGUUAAUGUACAGGAACACGUCGAAACACAACAAAAAUGGCAGCCAACACUACGUGCCCUGCUCCCCCGCCUCUCGAUCAUGUGCGUGUGCUUCCAUGGGUGUAUGCUCAAAGCGUUGACGUGAGACCAUGGCGUCAUUACGUACUGUCACCUGCAGCGGGCGACCUGUAAUGUGUAUCGGCAAGCAGACAUCCAAGAUCGUGCAUUUAAAGCCGACGAGCUACCUCUAAAUGACAGGUGGGUUUGCCCUGCUUAUAACUGCAUUUUCAAAGGUACGUAGCACGAAUCUCUCUCGAGACCACUUGCCCUCUCAUUUGCACAGUCGUACACAAUUCACUAGCUCAUUCUAAAUAGCACGCGCCGUUGGCAUGUGUUCGCGAAAAUAUGGAGCGAGCAUGCGAAUCCCUCAGAAAAGGUACAAUUGAAAUUGGGUGCCGCAGUUUGAAAUACAAGUGUGGGAUCCACUGCGAUGUGCCUCCACAUUUGCGCAACAUUACCUCUUCCCAGGAAAGAUAUGGGGGAAAAAUAAUGGGAGGCAAUAUCGCGGGCUUCUUGGUGCCAGUGGCGUAACUAGGUCGUCUGGCACUCGGGGCCCAUAGGUCUUCUGUCACCCCCCUCUCCGGGUGUAGCCGGCGGAAAGAGGGGUGCCUUCAGACGUAUGACACCCCCCCCCCCCCCUCGCUGGCCCCUUGCACCCGGGGCCCACGGCCUCCCGGCCCCCCCUGUUGCUACGCCACUGCUUGGUGCGACUGUGCAUCAUUAUGGUUAUGCUGAGCCUGACGAAUGUGAUCCCCGAUUAGUUAGUGCACGGAAUAACAGCACGUGGCUACCCCAAUUGCACUCUGGGAAAUAGUGCCUGAGCUUCUAUAAAACGAGCCUUACAGCAUGCAGGGGAGCUAUAAGUGUAGGCAUGUGCCUCUGCGCAUCACAUGUGCACAGUGACGCUGGAAUCCCUGUCAGGCGAGCUGCCAAAUAUGUCUGUUCGUACUGCACCUGCCUUAUUGUCAAAUGGCUCAGGAGGAAAGUGCUAGUAGGCUAUCGGAACGCUUACCGCUCUGGUGCAGUAGAACCUCGAUGUAACGUAUUACAGUUGAACCUUCAAUAUAAAACUUCAAUGUAACGAAAUUCUCCAUAUAACGAGGUAUUUACCUUCAUAACAUCUUGCCCGUAGAACACUGUGCAUUUAGAACCUCCAUAUAACGAAGCGCGUUUUAUGCGGUUUCAGUAUAACGAAAUUUCACUGCCGCCGGAAAGGAAUGCCGAGACAAUGGAAACUUUCACGGAAGCACAUGGUCAGACGAUUGAAUUACAAGCGGUCUUUCAAAACGCACCUCUCCAAUCGCGCACAGCGCGCCAAGGGCGACCGCCGAGAUGGAACCGCGUCAUGUUUUGUAUGAAGUCCGAGUGCUAUAAGGUCCUAUCGUGCCCCGCCCAUUGUGUGCUUUAGGCGAGAGUGCGAAGGUGAGACAAGAAAGAUAGUACGUGGCUUCACGAGUGCCAUCUUCUCGCGUGAGCAAAGGGAAAGAUGGGGAGGGGA